GAUUUAUAACAAACCUUCUCCUCUCCCUUCACCUCUCUUCCAUCUCUAAUAUUCUUCUCUUUAUAUCAUUAAGAAAAGAAAGAUUCAGAAUUAAAUUCGAAGGUGCUAGCUACUAUCAAUUUGGAGGAAUAGAGAAGUUUAAAGAGAGAAGGGGGUCAUCAAGUAGAGAAAGUAAUAGGAAUAUGGCAAGAGGGAAGAUCCAGAUCAAGAAGAUUGAGAACUCGACUAACAGGCAAGUUACUUACUCCAAAAGACGAAAUGGUCUCUUCAAGAAAGCUCAUGAGCUCACUGUUCUUUGUGAUGCCGAGGUCUCUCUUGUCAUGGUUUCUUGCACUCACAAGGUCCACGACUACACUAGCCCCUCCACUACAACGAAGCGGAUAUUUGAUCAGUAUCAGCAGACUAAGGGAAUAGAUCUUUGGAGCUCCCACUAUGAGAUAAUGAAAGAGAAAUUGGAAAAACUGAAAGAGGUGAACAUGAAAAUCAGGAGGGAGAUGAGGCAGAGGAUGGGUCAGUGUUUGAAUGAUUUGAGCUUUCAGGAUCUGCACAGUCUUGAGAGCGAUAUGGAAAGUGCUUGGAGGGUUAUUCAUGACCGUGCGGAUCGUGUGCUUACUAAUCAGAUUGAAACUUCCAAGAAAAAGGCGAGGAAUGUGGAGCAAAUCAACAGAAAACUUCAUGUGGAACUAGAAGCAAUGGAUCAAGAUCCAUACGGAUUGGUUGACAAUGGAGGGGACUACAAUUCUGUUAUGGGAUUUUGAAAUGAAGGUCCUAGCAUAUUUGCUAUGCGAUUGCAACCCCACCAGCCUAAUCUUCCCAGGGAAGCAGGGCCAUCUCUCACAACUUACCCCUUGCUUUGAGUAUUGUCAGCUGAAUUGAGGUUACUCUACAUCCAAGUUGCUUAAAAUUAUCCAUGUAUUGACCGUUACCAAUCAGAAAUACUCGAAAGGCUUUGCUUUUAAGUAUCUGUAGAAUGAACUUGUAUUAUCCCGGACUGCUUCCAUCUUGACAGCUGAUAUGCUGCGGACGCCUGCUCUUCACUAA